CGGAGACACGCUAAAAAGAAAUUGGCAAACGUCCCAGUCGUUUACUGAGGCACCAUUUGAAUAACGAUGCAGGAGACUAUGUCAGCAGCGCUAGAUGUAAGGUCCAUCCCGUGAAUUUGGUAACGGGGAACCGUAGGAUGAUUAGCGUCUUACCAUUUUCUACAAAUCUGAUUAGCUUCACGCACAGGCCCGCCUCACAGCUCAGUGCCCAAGCUCAUCAUAGAUGUGUUCAACGGGAGAAAUCUAUCGUGAUAUAUUUAUGCCUGCCUUCCUGCCGUUUAGGGUAGAUUGGCUAGGGGCAAAUAACGUUAUCUCACAUCCGUGACAAUUCAUAUAUUCGUUUUUGCGCAUAAUAUGAAAGAUUAGAUUAGAGACAGUAAAUACACGAAAAAAACAUUAGCAGACACGUUAGUCUUUUACCGCAAUCGUAUAUGACAGAGCUAGUUUUGAAGUUGAUCUUCGUAGCCAUUGCAAACAACACAAAAAGGAAAUAGUCGGAAAAUCGUUCUGGCAUCAAUCGACGGUGCUUCCUAGAACACCCUGAAGAAAUCCACUACGCAAGAUGGUGAGCCUCAUCGUGCCAUCUGCCACGUGCCGGAUCACGGGGCUCGAUUAUACCAAUUACAUAUGCAUCGCCCGCUGCAGAAAUACACGGACGAGAGGAAUGUUGUGGGUCCAGUCUGAGCCGCAAUGUCCAGCGUGGGAAUUAUGGAACAGAAUAUUGCAGACCGUAACUGAACAGCCUAUCGGGGCUUGGGGGUGGAUGGCCACACCGAUGCACGGAGCUACUCAACCGCACGAAGCCAGUACCGUCCAAUCCGAUGUCCCCACGCAAUACGCCGUCACCAGACAGAGACGAGGUUCGUAUACAAUAAGACGCAACUCGGAUUGGCCGCCAUCGAUGACACAGUUUGGGGGCACGCCAUGGAAGGCGCCGAACAAGGUCUACGAGUAUAGUGUAAAUGGACUUGCAGAAGAAAUCGAGGAUUUCUACAGAUUUAUUCGUCCGAGUGCGCACGAACAGAUGGUACGCGAAAGGGUAAUUAGCCGCGUCCGAACGUUAAUUAUUGAACGGUGGCCAGAUGCAGAGGUCGACGUAUUUGGCAGUUUCUAUACUGGCCUAUAUUUGCCAACGUCAGAUAUAGACAUUAUUGUAAAAGGACACUGGGAUGGAAUUCCGCCUCUGUACGACCUUGAACGCGUGUUAUAUGAACAUCGAAUAGCCUUCCCUUCGUCAGUCAGGGUGCUCGACAAAGCUACCGUUCCCCUGAUUAAAUUUCAGGAUGCCCUGACCAACAUCAAAGUUGACAUCGCUUUUAAUCAGGUCAAUUGUACUGACUCAGCUCGCUUUGUAAUCCGAUGUUGCGAAGUAUUUCCGUGCCUCAAGAAGCUCGCCUUCGUUCUCAAGCAAUUUAUCAGCGGGCUCUGCCUGAAUGAAGUGUUUCAUGGCGGCUUAUCGAGUUAUAGUCUCAUUCUUAUGAUUUUAAGUUUCCUCCAACUCAAAACGGACAAGAACGCAGCCCGGGACCCACGAAUCAAUUUGGGCGCUCUCCUUAUGAAUAUUCUAUCUUACUAUGGCAACGAAUUCGACUAUGACAAUUUUGGAAUUCGUAUCCGAGCAGGCGGUUCCUUGGUUGACAAGGCGGAACUGCGGGUUAGCAUGGCCUCUUGCACAGCGACGACAAGUUCUUCAUUAGUUGGCAAUGCUACUGGGAUGCUUAGCAUAGAAGAUCCACUUACACCAGGCAAUGAUGUAGCUCGCAGUUCUUUUAACUUCAACAUCGUCCGAGAGAAGCUUCGAGAAGCUUUCGCUGAUCUGGAGUCCAUUGUACAUCCAGUGAUUAGUCGGCCCUUUCAAGAAACAUCCCCUGGGUUAAGUAUAUUGGGUCGCAUCAUUCGUAUUACGGACGCAGCCGUAGAUGAAAGAGUUCAUGCUUUACAAAGUGGCCUUUGGAUGGCCUAUCCGUGCGAGCCUGCUCUUUCAAACAUUUAUCCUGAUAACACGAUCCCGGACCUGAUUCAGUUGUACCAACAACAGUCAACUCAGCAACAAAUACAGCAACAAAUAACUCCAGGCACAGUCUCUUACUGUAAUCAGUGGGUGAACCAGAAUGGCUACACACAGUUUGUCCAGCAGCCGAUUUUGAUCGUCGGUUCGCCCCUUGUCGAGGGUCUAGGUCGACUAGGUUCCGUUGGUGCCUCUGAGCAUGAUCAGCAAUCGGCUGAGGAUGGAACAGAGUUACCUCGUGUGCAGGAAAUCGAUAAUGCUAUGUCCUGCGACGGCGAUACCGGCACGGGGGCGCCUAGCAUUUCUCCCAAGUCAUUGGGUCGAGAUGUCGCAUGAGGAGCGCGUCGUGCUUGACACUACCAACAAGCGACAUUCAUUUUCUAAGCCGCUUUCACCGUUUUGAUCUCUUUAUUACGUACGUAUAUAAAGAUUAAUGCCAAAACCACUGAAUGAUUAAACAAAUUCGUUCUUGUGAUGCGAUUAUGUUACUGGAAAUGAAACAGAAGAUAAAGAAAACGACAAUGCCUGUUGUCGAUUUACCUCGUUUGUCUUUUGAAACAAAAAGAGGUACUUCAAACUGUCUGUGAUGCAAAAACUAUAAAAAAAAAAA